AUGGAGCACUUUCAAGAGGGACCAAAGGCUACUGAAUCUGCAGAUACCGUCAGCAGCACAACUGGUUCAACACUGAAACCUGCCUUCAAUGUGAAACUGCCGGAAGAAAGUGGUUUUCUGUUAGACGAUGAGGAUGAUGAUCUUAUCUUGCAGUGGUUCGAUGCAAGAAACCUACAUGUUACGCUUCAGGCUGGUCCUUCGGCUCAUACCUGA